CUCCUCAGCCCGUUACACCCUCUUAAAUUCUACGCAGCAAAUUCGUUACCAUGGCCUCCCAUCGCGCCGAUGCCAGCAAGCUUCUCGAUGACCGGGGCUACACCGGCCCCCUGGUCCGCGGCCUCAAUCCCGCAAUGCUCUUCGAAAAAGCCGUUCGCGACCGAAUUACCGAAUCCUACUACUGGAAAGAGCAGUGUUUCGGUCUAAACGCCGCAACCCUGUGCGAUCGCGCGGUUGAGCUAUCAUUCCUUGGCGGUACCUAUGGAGUUUCCGAGAAGGCUUCUCCGUUCCUUUGCCUUGCGUUCAAGCUCCUGCAACUCAAUCCGGACCGAGAAAUCAUCUUGGAGUACCUGAAUUUCAGCGAUCCCGAACUCGAAGCCGACGAAGCCGAUCAAGAUACAUCACCGGAGGAACGUGCGCAGAGCAGCGUCGUCAAACAUCGUGGAGACUUCAAGUAUCUACGCGCUUUAGCGGCGUUCUACGUGCGUUUGACGUGGGAGCCCGUCGAGGUGUACAAGACUCUGGAACCACUGUUGCUCGAUUAUCGGAAGUUGAAAAGACGGGUCCGCGACUCGUUUGUACUCACGUACAUGGAUCAAUUUGUUGAUGAUCUAUUGACGAAGGAUCGUGUGUGCGGUACGAGUCUGUGGAAACUGCCGUCGCGGCAGCAAUUGGAGGAUCUCGAUUUACUAGAUGAGCGUGAGAGCCCCCUUGCGGAUGAGUUGGAGGAGAUGGAUAGAAGUGACGAUGAAAAUGGGCAUUCGAGCGAUGCCCGCUCUGAUCGCUCUGCUGAUGACUGAACGCACUGCCUCUCGCCAUCAUCCAACUCACUUGACUCCGCUCUCGCCCGCAUCAAAGUGACAAACUACUGGACUCCGGCAUCUGCUCGGUAUCAGCUCGAGGCUGCUCUGGAAACUCCAGCUAGUAUACACCAUGGGUGUCUCACGAUCAACAUGACUACUUCCUAGCAAAGCAACCCAUCUACGGUUCAAAGAUGCGAUGAGGUACUGGAACAGGAGCUUCUACUCCCAUAGAUAUAAGUCCAGCGCCAUUUUUUGGUUCGAUACGCUCUUUGAAAGAGACGUUUAUGAGCAACCCUCGCCAAAUACCAGGAUUACCCGCGCCGGUAUAAGGAAGAAUCGGUCACUCCUCGCGACGUACAGGGAAAAGUCCAUUGUCACUCUAUAUAACGGACAAUCCUCAAAUGCUAUAACACUAAAUACUCAACCACCCAAAUGCAUACAGUAUCUUAUUCUGUACAAGCCGUUCCCCGGUCAUGAAGGGGCUUUCGCACUAGAAUCCUUGCUGCCGAUGCCACUUCUCCUGCCAAUUCUUGAACCACGGACUAUCAUCUAAUGUACUCACCUCCCAGUCUCUGGGGACAGCGCCACUCUCUUCCUGUUCCCGUAUCCACUCCUCGAACUGGGGAAGAAGGACGUGUUCUACAUGCCAUGUCGCCUUGUACUUAAUCAAGUUUUCUUUUCCCUCGGUCAUUAUCUUCUUUAGAAGCGCGGGAACACAGGGUUCGUCUCUGAACUCCGUCACAGGCGUGAAGAGUGCUUUGAAGUUGAAGACAACGGCAGCGGAAAGCGGGAGGCGACGGAGGGUCUGCCAGUCGACUCUCAGGAAGCAGUCUUCUAACUUCAGAU